AUGUCUUCGUCUUCCGUGCUGCCCCCGCGGCCAUCUCGCCGUCUCGACGGAAAAGUCGCCAUCGUCACCGGCGCAGGUAGUCUCGGCGACGGCCUCGGCAACGGACGGGCCAUAUCCCUGCUUCUCGCCAGCGACGGCGCCACGGUGCUCUGCGCGGACCGGGACUUGGCUGCGGCAGAGCGCACUGUAGAGAUGAUUGUCCAAGAGAGGGGCAAGGCAGCUUCACUGUGCGCGGACGUGAGCUCAGAAGGAGACUGUGAGAAGCUAGUACAGGCUGCGGGAGAGAUGUUUGGCAGAUUGGAUAUUCUGAUUAACAACGUGGGUAUCAUGGGCGCCAAGGGCACGGCUGUGGAAGCGAGUGCGGAGGAGUGGGCCAAGGGCCUGAGCAUCAAUGUGACGGGGAUGGUGCUCAUGGCCAAGUAUGCGAUUCCGCUGAUGCUCAAAAAUGAGCCUGGAGAUGGAGGGAUAAGGGGCAACGUUGUCAACAUGGGGUCCAUAUCGGGCUUGCAAGGAGGGACGCCGCAUCUAUUCUAUCCGACGAGCAAAGGUGCAGUAGUUAACAUGACAAGAAGCAUGGCAUAUAAUCACGGGCGUGAAGGUAUCCGAGUCAACUGUGUAUGUCCAGGGUUCCUCUACACGCCCAUGGUAGCAGGCAAUGGCAUGUCAGAAGAAGUACGUGAGAUGCGACGUCAGCAAGGCUUGUUGAAUACAGAGGGCAAUGCGUGGGACUGCGCGGCAGCAGUGAGGUUUCUGGCAAGUGAUGAAGCGAGAUGGAUUACGGGGACGACGAUUACGGUUGAUGCUGGGGCGACGUGCUCAUACAUUAUGCCUGAGUGA